AUGCCUGCACAUUCCUACAACAGACCCUGGCUUAAUCGAGCUCAGCCACCCGACCUCACGUUUGUCAAUGUCAACAUCGUCGACGUCAAAGCCGGUCGCGUCAUCCCCAACAGCAGCGUUCGGGUCCGCGAUGGGGUUAUCGCGGGGAUCGGACCGGCUGAGCAGACCUCCAGUACUGAUUCCACCAAGGUGGACUUGAACCAUCGAUAUGUGUGUCCUGGACUGAUUGACUGUCAUGUCCACUUAACUGCCACCCCUGGCAGCCCUUUGCUCAAGGACAUCUUUGCUGCCAGUCCGAACGCGAUCGCAUAUCGCACGGCGUAUGUCGCCCGGGAGAUGCUGCUGCGCGGGUUCACGACCGUGCGAGAUACCGGCGGAGCCGAUGCUGCCUUGAGAGAUGCGAUUGCCGAGGGUCUCGUUACCGGUCCGCGGCUCUUUAUUGCUGGCAAAGCUCUCUCGCAGACGGGAGGACACGGCGACUUUCGGGCUCCGUAUCAGGGAGACGAGGCGAAGUGCUGUGGAGGUCACUCGCCGGCACUGGCUAGAGUUUGCGACGGCGUUCCGGCAUGCCUCGCAGCUGUGAGGGACGAGCUGAGGCAGGGAGCUAAUUUCAUUAAGAUUAUGGUUGGCGGCGGAGUGGCGACCCCGACCGAUGCGCUCGACAUGCUGCAGUUCACGGCCGAGGAGAUUCAGGCCAUUACUACCACCGCGGCAUAUUCCAACACCUACGUCACAGCGCAUGCCUAUACCACAAAGGCAAUACGUCAUGCGGUGGACAAUGGAGUCCGCGGUAUCGAGCACGGCAACUUCAUCGACCCAGGGACGGCCAAAUACUGUCAGGAAAAAGGCGUCGUGUUCACACCUACCCUGGUGACGUAUAAGGGAAUGUCUGAACCUCCGUUCGAUAACUUUCUCGAUGAGUUUAGCCAGGCUAAGAACCGGGAGGUACUGGCUAGUGGACUGAAAGCUUUGAAGACUCUUAAUGCCGCGGGUAUAACUAUCUGCUAUGGGUCCGAUCUUCUAGCAGGCAUGCAUCCGCUGCAGAAUCAAGAGUUUAGCAUUAGAUCCGGGGCGUUGAAUGCACUGGAUAUUUUGCGUUCUGCAACCGUUAACGCGGCAAAGUAUAUUGGAAUGGAAGGAAAGUUGGGCGUUAUUGGUGAGGGAGCGAUUGCAGAUUUUCUGGUCUUGGACAACAAUCCGCUUGAUGAUAUCACAGUCUUGGAUAAAGUCGACAGAUCCUUAAAGGCAAUUGUCAAGGACGGACGCAUUGUGACAAGCAAACUGGAUAGCUUGGCUGUUGAUGCUUUGUAUGAUCCCCAUCGUAUCCAGUCUCCGGUGUAG